AUGGCCGCUACUGUGAGAGCUGCCGGUCUGAUCAUCUUUCGUCGCUUUCAAGGAAAACCUGAAUAUUUAUUGAUGCAGACUUCAUAUGGGCAACAUCAUUGGACUCCACCAAAAGGUCAUGUAGACCCAGGAGAAUCUGAUAAAGUCACAGCACUACGAGAAACCGAAGAAGAAGCUGGGUUGACAGCGGCGCAUUUUAAAAUGAUCGAAGACUUCAAAAAAGUUCUAAAAUACAACGUAAAAGGGAGAUUAAAAACUGUGGUUUAUUGGUUGGCUGAGCUGGUGGAUAGAAACGUUGCUGUAAAACUAAGCAAGGAACAUCAGCGUUAUGAAUGGUUGGAGAUAGAUAAGGCUUGUGAUAUUGCGAAAUAUGUAGAAAUGCAAGAAGCUCUCAGAGAUGCUGAUAAUUUUAUUAAAUGUAAUCUUUAACACUCCCAAA